GCCCCGUGUCAUUAAUGUACGUCUCUCAAUCGGUGACUAGUAGGCUCGCCUGGCUCGGGGCUACACACUUCCGACUGCGUUCAUGAGAAAUUUGAUUACCCAUCUUACAGAGCCUGAGCGCUCUUGGACCUGUAUGUGACUAUGUCAGGCUCCGCCACUAGACGCCUGUUAUUCAUUGACUCCACCAUGGCCCGUCCGCCUGGUAUAAAAGUCAUGCCCGCUAUCUCAAUCCCACAGCAUCUCGUCCUGCCAGUGGUUUCACUCGAAUCAUGCUCAAUUUUCCUUGGGCUCGACGUGUUAUGCCCCCAACUGACACACAGAAAAAGCGAACGCCGUUCCUUGAACGAAGGCUCGGGGUGUGGCGCGUACUGAUCGCUGCUGAUGGAUCAUCAUCAUUCAGGCUCCCCAAUCUUCAGUGGGGUAUUAUAUCAACACAUAUACCCCUCUUGACUCGCGGAUACAAGGAUAUUCACUCUAUCAGCCCCAUGUUGUUCUGGCUCAUGGUGGUCACACACCUCUGGUAUGCAAUUGAGGACCCACUGUCGCUCUACUUCUCAAACCGCCUUUUACUUCUCAUUCAACGCUCUCUUUUGCAAGGCAAGGUUCACACGAGUCUAGACAGAGAUCUGUGUAUAGCUAUCAUCGCUCGAGCUUCGUGCUCCUUGUUCAGCGGAUUUGUGCAGUGGACUUCGAAUAAUGUAAAGGACCAAUACUGCAUGCUCGUCAAUUACCGACUUCAAGAGCGGUUACUUCGAGCAAAUCUUGCGCGUGAUCUUGAAACCUCCCAAGAUAACGAGGCACGUCUUACAGCCGACCCUGAGCAGGUAUUUCGCUGCCUUGUACGAUUACUCGAUCUUGGAAAGGAGAUUAUUUCGUUUCUACUCCAAUUGCAAUUAUUGCUGCAUCUCCUAGGCUCCGAAUUUGCAAGUGCCGGACCUGUCUCGAUCGUAUUGUGUUUUUUGCCCCUGAUGUUGGAGAAUAUGUGGGACAGUGACCUCUGGAGCAAAGCUUACGUGAAACAGGCAGUCAAUGGCGACUACUUGCGGAAGGAGGCCUUGACCUUGCUUACGGACCACGGAUACAAAGCUGAGGUGAUGGGAGGCAAUUUAUUAGGUUAUCUUUUAAAAGAGUACCAGAAGGUGCAUGAUGCACUUAGUCACAUACCUAACGGGGACGUUGAGACAUUGUGGAGUCGGUCAACAACUGCUCUGCCUAAUAUGGUUUUGAACCUCUGCAAUGACGGGCCCGUUCUCUAUAUCGGGCUGUUGGCUCUUAUGAACCCAAGUCAGGUAUCUGUUGUUCAGCUCGCUAUGCUAGAACAAACUGCCACACGUCUUCGAUACACGUUUGCUUUCGCUAGGCACAUCAUCACCCUCUGGCCGAGUGAAUUGGCCAGCGUGAAGAAUUUUUACAGACUUCUCGAUCUUAAGAACAAGAUGAAGGACGGCUGUAUGCCGUAUUCACCAGCAGCCGGUGCUUUGGGUGUCUCAUUAGAAGUUCGAAACGUAUCGUUUAACUAUCCCGGCGCCAAGUCUGAAAGAGAUGCAUUGAAGAAUGUCUCUUUUUCGAUAAAAGCAGGUCAAUUGGUGGUUAUCGUCGGCGCAAACGGCUCAGGAAAGUCAACCAUACUCAAGCUCCUGACUCGCUGCUACGACCCUACAUCGGGCACUGUCUUAGUUGACGGAAAUCCCAUCGAAGAUUAUCAAAUUGCAGACUUGCGGUCUGUGACAGCCAGUCUAACACAGGAGCACACCAUAUUCCCACUUUCUUUGAGCGAGAACAUCGGGAUUGGGUCACCAUCAUCUGCAACAGAUCUUGACAAGAUCACACAAGCAGCGAAGUUGGCUGGUGCUCAGGACGUCAUCGAGAACUUCACCAGCGGAUAUGACACUGUCCUUGAACCUGGAGGGGGGAAUGAGGCCCUGGAAAAGGAGUACGAGAAGAUGGAGAAAACAACAAAUGUGUCCGGCGGAGAGAAGCAAAGACUUGUUGCCUCCCGGACGUUUAUGCGUAUGCUGUCUGAGGACAUCAAGUUUGUUAUAGUCGACGAGCCAAGUUCUGCCCUUGACCCAGGAGGUGAAUUCGAACUAUUUAAGCAGCUCAGGGAAGCACGCAAAGGAAGAACGAUGAUAUUUGUCACGCAUCGUUUUGGGCAUCUCACUAAGUUUGCCGAUCUCAUCUUGUGUAUGAAGGGAGGGACUGUCGUUGAGACGGGAACGCAUCAGGAACUGUUGAGCCAUCAGGGAGAGUAUGCUCACUUAUAUAAUGUCCAAGCGCAAGCUUUUACGUGAGACUGAGCCCGUCAAGGAUAGUCAUUGAAGCUAGUAUACGCUGGAAUAUGGAAUUAUGCUAUGUAACAGCGAUAGUAACUUCCAUACAUCGCAAGAUCUAUGGAACCUGUAUAUCGCGGUCUCAUAUAUAUCCAACGUUCUCAAA